UGGGCCGCCUCCGCCUCCGCCCGUUCACAGCCUCACACCGACGACCCACCAAAACUGGCCAAAAGCCCCCAAGAAACCCCACAAAACUCUCACCCCGUUUUCCCCCACCCGGCCAGCCUCUCCCCCUUGGAGCCGUCCGCCCGCGGCCCGCCUCUCCGCCGUCUCGUCGCUCCCCACCCCGCCACUCGCGAAGCUCGCCACCCCCCCUCCCGUCUCCUCCCAUCCCGAGGCGCAAUCCCGAUGGCCGCCUCUCUCCUCCACGCCGCCACCGCCUCGCUCCAGAGCCCCACCCAGCCCGCCCGCGCGGGCGCGGGCGCCGCCGCCUUUCACCCCCUCGCGUCCGCCCCGUCCCUACGCCUCGCGCGCUCCUCGUUCUCGUCCAGUCGCCGCCUCGAGGUCUCGCUCCCGGCGGUCUCGCCCGGUCACCGUUUCGCGGGGAGGGGAGGAGCACCCCGCGACCGCCGCGUCGUCGCCGCCCUAGCGGGGGAGCAAACCGAGGGUUCAGAGGUGGGCGAUGGCAAGGAUAACAGCAACGGGGAGAUAAAGCCCGAGGAGGCUCAGGAAGCAUGGAAGGUAAUGCUGGAGCAGUUCAAGGCUGAGGCCCUGCGGAUGCAAGCACUGUCAAUGCAGGCGUAUGAUGUCUACUCCAAGAGGACGAGGGAGGUUUUGCUGGAAGCCUCUGAGAAGCUGAAGAUACAGGCAGACAAAGCUCAGAAGGACCUGAGCGUGAUCGCUGCCGAGGUUAGUCAGGAGGGGCAGGAAUAUCUGACUAUGGCAGCUCGGAACUCCCCAGACUCGAUCAAGGAUAUCACAACGACGUUCAGGGCCCUUGGAAAAUUGAACUGGCCAUCAGAGUAUGAGGAUUAUCAUGUGGGCAUUCCGUAUGGUACCUUUCUUACCGUAGGGGGUUUCUUCAACUUCAUGUUGACUGGAAGUUCCUCUGCUCUCCGUUUUGGUAUUGUUCUUGGCCUUGCAUUGUUGGCUCUGGGAAUCUCAAGUUUGAGAUCACAAAGACAAGGCGGUCGUCGGCCUCGUCUUCUGGUGAAAGGGCAAGCUGCAAUAGCUAGUGUCAUCUUCUUCAGGGAGUUUUCAGUACUUCUCCAGAAUGGCUGGUUCCCAAAAAUCUUCAUGGUUCUUCUCAGUGGAGUGGUAGCAGGCUUUUACUUCUAUCGCAUUGCAACUGGUAGCCCCAAAGAUCUGAGGAGCAAGAGUGAUUCAGCGAACUAAUGUUUAAACCAUGUACCAUGCAGCACUGGGACGAAUCAGAUGAUCACUGGAACGUAGACCCAGAAGACUAUGGCCUGUUGCUUUCGAUUUCCUUCAUCAGCCGUCAAUUCAGGCAAAGUUCAGUUCUAGCGUCUAAGGUGUCUGCAUGAUGACACAUGGAUUCAGACUCUGCCCUCGUCCCGUACCCCUUUGUUCCUUUAUUCAUGUAAUAUAGAUGAUGAUAGGCUUGAGCAACAUCAAUAAACGACUUUCAAAGGUCAUGUAGUUAGCUGUUCAGUUUGUCUGUUGUUUAUUUUUCAUGGGGACAGUUAAAUGAUGCGUUCAAUGUUUAGCGAAGUGGGCGAAAACAAUCAGUGUUAUUACUCUGUAGCUUCCAUUUUGCUCUCGAUUAUUCAAGGCGGACGAUAAGUUGAUAACAAUUAGGUGAGGUUGAUCCCUAGUCGUAUGCAGUUUUGCUCUAUUACA